AAUGAUGACCCGAAAGAGUCUACUACUUGUGACACUGGGACUAGUGAUGGUGAUCAGUUUUCCAGCAUACUCCGGGGCAGCUCCCCGACCGGUGGACGACCCCGUAGAUCAGAUGGAAGAAAUGGAGGAACUGGGAUUAGUUGGCUGUAAUCAUGCCGUCACCGUGACGGUUCUCCCCUUGCCCGGAUUCACCGCGACACCGGAUCCUCGAUCGUCGUCGUCGUCAAUAUCAUUUGAAUCGAGUGAAAGUGAAUCGAAGGAGAAAACAACCGCUAGUGACACGCCAACUAUGAUUAAGGAGUAAAAGGAAACCUGUGUUUAUUGAAC